AUGGACAAGGAGGCGCGGCCAAGCAAGAAGGAGAAGGCCCGGCAAAGCAAGGAGACGCGGCAAGGCAAGAAGGCUCGUAGUUCCGUCGACUCCGCCGGCCUGACGGCGCUGGCCCUCCGCCUUGCCAACACGUUCUCCAAGGGCGAGAAUAUCAUUUUCUCGCCGCUGUCCAUCUACACCGCGCUGGGCCUGGUGGCGGCUGGCGCUCGGGGCAAAACCCUCGACGAGAUCCUCGCCGUGCUUGGCGCAUCGUCGCGCGAGGAGGUCGCCGAGGUCGUGCGCGGCGUGGCGGAAAGCGCCCUCGCCACCGACGGAUCCGGACCGCUGAUUAUCACGUUCGCGUGCGGCGUGUGGCAUCAGAAAGGACUUGCGCUGAAGCCGGCCUACCGCGCCGCCGCCGUCGAGUCGUACAAGGCGGAGGCUAGCGCCGUCGACUUCCAGGAAGAUCCAGAGGGUUCAAGGGCGGCAAUCAACGGCUGGGUUGCAGAGGCCACGAACAAGCUCAUCGCGUCCCUGCUCCCUCCAGACUCGGUGCACGAGGACAUCAGGCUCGUGCUGGCUAACGCCAUGUACUUCAAGGGAAAGUGGGAAGAUCGCUUCCACCAGAGCCUCACAAAGGAUGCCGACUUCUACCGUCUCGAUGGCAGCACUGUCAGUGUGCCUUUCAUGACCUCCGGGAGACUUCCCACUACGGGCACGGAGGAGGAGGAGGAUUUCCCUUUCUUUUUUUUCGAACAAGAAGAAGAAGUCAAGUACUUCGUUGCCUCCUAUGACGACGGUUUCAAGGUGCUCAAGCUCCCUUACCAAGCGCCAAACGGCGGCAAGUACUCGAUGUGCGUCUUCCUUCCCGACGCGCGUGAUGGUCUGCCUAGCCUAGCGGACGAGAUGGCGUCCGGCGGCAGGAGGUUCCUGUUCGACCACUUGCCCGAUUGGCGAAUUAGCGUGGACAAGCUUUUGCUUCCCAGGUUUAAGCUAUCCUUCUCCUGCAGCAUGAAAGAGACUCUCCAAACCUUGGGGCUCCGGGCAGCGUUCUGCGAGGAGGCCGACCUGUCUGACAUGGUGGACGACUCCGGCCAGGACAUGAAGAUGCGCGUGGAGGAUGUGUUCCACAAGGCGGUCGUCGAGGUGAAUGAGGAAGGCACCGAGGCAGCCGUUUCCACUGCCGCCACAUCCGUUUUGCAGUGCUACAGAACGCCUUUCAAUUUCGUUGCUGACCACCCGUUUGCCUUCUUCAUACUGGAGGAGGUGUCCAGCACGGUCCUCUUUGCCGGCCACGUCCUUGAUCCUUCUAAUAGCUCGGAAUAG